AGAUGGGUGUUCCUCCAGAUAAUUCACUGGACGUUGCGAUUGGUUCAUCUCAUCAACCAACCAGAAUAAAAGGACCGCCCCAAACUCCUUUCAGAUGCCUUUUGUGCCACCGUGUGCGUCUUUGUAUUGUGUUCCUGUUUUGCAAUUCGACCUUUGUAUAUUUGAAUAUAUUACCAGAGAGAACUGUCUAGUCCUGUUGUUGAUAUGACCUAAGCCUGUUUUGACUACGAGUGUGGAUUUUGUUUUGGAUUGGUUAGCCGUUUGUAAAUAUUAUUGUAAAUAGUACGUUUCAUUGUAUUAAGGGUUGUAGGAGGUUUGACGCCAUUUCUUUUGUUGUAUAGAUUUUGCACUCUGUUUUUUUGGUUAGGAAGUUAGGUAAGGAUUAUGUAUUUUAUUUUAUUUUAUUUUUAGGAAUUUAGUUCAUUUUGGGCAAAGACCAUUUUGUUUAUUAUUUUGGCCUUGUCAACCUCUGAAGUUGGAACCCUUCCUUUUUUUGCUUAGAAAUAAAAGAAAUACAUUUUCCAAAUUCCUCUGCUAGUGAGACUCAUUUUACUCACCUUUUGCUACGACACAGUCCCCUAGACGGUCGUAACAAAAUUGGGGGCUCGUCCGACUCUUUCUACCGAAAAAGAAAACUUAUGAAAUUGUCCUUGUGUUAGCAUUUGCCUAGUGGUUUGCAUUUUAAGGAGGAGGGAAUUGGAAAUGUCUUCUAAAUUUGAAUUAGAUCAAUUCGCGAUCCAGCCAACAGCACAGCAAUUGGACAUUUGCCGCAAAGAUGAUUUGUUCGCUAUUGCAGAUUUGUAUCGGAUUCAGGUGGCUUGUGGUGCUAGGAAAGCAGAAAUAAAAGGAGUGAUCCAUGAGCAUUUGAUUGAGCAGGGGGUUUUACCUGGGGAACGCGAAGCAGGUGUUGCACCUGAAAUGUCGGCUUCCGUGGAUGAGGGGGAGGAGCAACCCAAACCCACGGAGAUGGCUAGCAUAGAUCCUGCUACUCUUCCGUCUCCUAGUAAUCCCUUGCUGGCAAUCAGAUUGAAAGAGCUUGACUUAGAGCUGAGCAGACAGCAGUACCAGAGUCAACUGUUGCAGGUGCGGACGGUUGAACUGGAAACCCAACGAGCAAUCAGGCUCAAGGAGCUGGACCUGGAGCUAAAAGCCCAACAACCAGCUUACUUCCCCGCUGCUGAGGCGCCCAGCGUGAAUGUGCCAGUUUCAGCUCCCGUCAAUGCUUCCACUCCGAGUCCCAUUCCUGCACCACGAUCGCCUUUCCAAAUGGGUGUUCCUCCAGAUAAUUCACUGGACGUUGCGAUUGGUUCAUCUCAUCAACCAACCAGAAUAAAAGGACCGCCCCAAACUCCUUUCAGAUGCCUUUUGUGCCACCGUGUGCGUCUUUGUAUUGUGUUCCUGUUUUGCAAUUCGACCUUUGUAUAUUUGAAUAUAUUACCAGAGAGAACUGUCUAGUCCUGUUGUUGAUAUGACCUAAGCCUGUUUUGACUACGAGUGUGGAUUUUGUUUUGGAUUGGUUAGCCGUUUGUAAAUAUUAUUGUAAAUAGUACGUUUCAUUGUAUUAAGGGUUGUAGGAGGUUUGACGCCAUUUCUUUUGUUGUAUAGAUUUUGCACUCUGUUUUUUUGGUUAGGAAGUUAGGUAAGGAUUAUGUAUUUUAUUUUAUUUUAUUUUUAGGAAUUUAGUUCAUUUUGGGCAAAGACCAUUUUGUUUAUUAUUUUGGCCUUGUCAACCUCUGAAGUUGGAACCCUUCCUUUUUUUGCUUAGAAAUAAAAGAAAUACAUUUUCCAAAUUCCUCUGCUAGUGAGACUCAUUUUAC